AUGGUCAGGCCCAAUUGCCUCGAGAUACGCCAAACUCACGACUGUGUGCCUUCGGACGCCUGUCUCGGCCCACACCUUUGCCUGCUUUGCUCGGUUGCUUGGCUGCUUGGCUGCCACCUGCUCCUGCCUAGCCGAUCUUCGAUCCCUUGCUCCUGUCCAGCCCGACAAAAGCAAGACACACUGCCCCGGUCGAUCCUGGUGGAUAACAGCUGCACGAGCCUUGCACCACUUUGCGCCCUGUCCUCCUCUUGCUCGUUCGCCAGCUGCAGCCGCAAGCGUACCAGCUACUGCGAGUUUUCCCUUGUGCGUGUUUCGGAUAUUGUCAAGAGAUUUACGGUUGUUUUGCGGGCGCUUAAAAGUUCUCGUCAUUUCGUCAUCGUCCAACUGUUUUACCACUUCAGAUUUUCGGCAGCUAUUUUCUUAUCACUCGCUCACUCAGCAAUUUUGAAACCCUUUGACAUUCUUACUUGA